ACCGGAAACAAGAUACCUACACUCAAAUGUUUCACAACCUGUAAAAUUUUGCCAGCCAUCUUUUGUUGAAAAACCAAUUGUUUCGUGUCGUCAGGGUUAAUUUUAUAAUUGUAAUUAAUGUCAGAACCACAGUCUUCUCUUUUGUUAAAGAAACAACUAGCAGAGCUUAACAAAAAUCCAGUAGAAGGAUUUUCUGCUGGUCUAAUAGAUGACAAUGAUAUUUAUAGAUGGGAAGUUCUUAUCAUCGGGCCUCCAGACACAUUAUAUGAGGGAGGAUUUUUCAAAGCACAUCUUCAUUUUCCAAAAGAGUAUCCUUUAAGGCCACCGAGAAUGAAAUUUGUUACAGAAAUAUGGCAUCCAAAUAUUGAAAAAAAUGGAGAUGUAUGCAUAUCAAUAUUACAUGAGCCGGGUGAUGACAAAUGGGGAUACGAGAAGGCCUCGGAGAGGUGGUUACCUGUACAUACAGUAGAGACUAUACUCAUUAGUGUUAUAUCCAUGCUAGCCGAUCCUAAUGAUGAAAGUCCUGCUAAUGUGGAUGCUGCUAAAGAAUGGAGAGAGAGGUACUCCGAUUUCAAAAAGAAAGUUGCCAGAUGUGUUAGGAAAAGUCAAGAAGAUUGUUUUUAGGAACGAGACUCAUUCAUUAAAAGAAACAAAACAUUGAAAAAGGGACAUCCAUCAUCAAUGAAUUACCAAUACAUAAAUAACAUUUACCCUUAGGUUGCACACACCACCACGACAACACUAAAUUCUCAAAAUAAUGGUUGUGUGCUCAUUUUGCUUCUUUUUGCAGAAAGAAUGGAGAGAAUCAUAUUCGGAGUUUAAAAGAAAAGUAGCUCAGUGUGUGAGAAAGAGCCAAGAGGAUUGUUCCUAAUUAUUACAGUGCCCUUUUUCAUUUUAUUUAUUUGGAUAGUGAGUGUUGGGUGAUGUAGGUUUGAGAAUCUUAACAUUUGUGAGGCAAAGCCACAACUCGGUGCCGGCUAAAAUAUCGAGGCCAGAGACGUUAUUGAAAUUGAGUUUAAACUAAAUAAUAAUAAUUGUAAAGGAAUCGCUGCCGUAUUUUAUAAAUAGUAAAUUUAAAAGUAGAAUUCAUCAUCAUUAAUGAAUCUUUUUCAAGACAUGUUAGCUAGCUAUUGUUAUGAUAAUUCAUGUAUAAUAUCUUUUUUUAUAUUUUUAGAAGAAUAAAUGUGCAAGUUUAAUAUGCUAGAAGACAAAACAAAACUUUUUCUAAAUUUAAUGUCGUCGUCGCAACUGCCAAAAUCCUGUACUUAUGUGUUUUUACUUUUUAGUAACAUUUUGUGUGUCAAAUGUCAUUUUAUUCGUG